UUCUCUCCCCUUGGCUGUUUUUUUAGCCCGCCCCAAACAAAGCCCAGGUUAAGGAUUAACGGACGGCUGAGAUCUAGCGGUUUCAAAUAUCCGACGGUCUCCAAUUUAGGAAGCAGUACAGGCCCUAUAUAUGGAUCGCAAAGUGCCCUAGCAACUAGCAAGCACAUCGCGGUUGCUCUAUUGCUUGGGAGGGUUUCCUUGGCGGUGCGGUUGUGCUGGUUUCGUUUUCUUUGCUUGUUGAAGAUGGUUCUGCCAAACGAUAUUGAUUUGCUCAAUCCUCCGGCCGAGCUCGAGAAGAGGAAGCACAAGCUUAAGCGUCUCGUGCAGUCGCCCAACUCUUUCUUCAUGGAUGUUAAGUGCCAAGGUUGCUUCAACAUAACUACGGUUUUUAGUCACUCCCAAACUGUUGUGGUAUGUGGCAACUGCCAGACGGUGUUGUGUCAGCCCACUGGUGGGCGUGCCAGACUUACAGAGGGCUGCUCUUUCAGAAGAAAGGGCGAUUGAUUACGAGUAUGAUCUUGACGGGUCACGUUCCCUUUUUGUUCCUUCCUUGAUAAACUGCAGAAUUGAGUGAUAUGAGGUGGGUUUAGUUAUUAGAUGAGGCGUUUAUGAUUUUGGAUCAAGUUUUUGUUUUAGUAUCUAGUGGCUUGAAGACAUGCUUUUCUUUUUUUUCUUUUUUCUAUACGACCGCUGCAUCUUCUGUCUGAUCUUCUUCUUUAGCUUUAAAGUGUAUUUUGGGGAUUGCCUACCAUUUAACUUAAUAUAACUUAAUAUUGUUGUUUUA